CGUGUGGUAGAAACUGUAGACUUGGCCAGGUUGCUCUCUAGAGUGGUGUGAUGAGUGUCACUAGCAACAAAAAUGGACAACCACCCCCAAAACAAAACACAUGACACAAAAAAAAUGAGAAUGAGACAGUAGCAGGGUAAGGCGGAGGACAGCUGUGGAGGAGCUUAUGGGUGAAAUAAUUGCAGUCGGCAUGUGAGAACAGGAGCAGGGUCUGUACCUGGAGCCAGCUAAUUGAGCCUGAAUGAGUAAGUGUAGACACAGGUAGGAACUGCAUUUGAGUUUUGUUCCCCCUUUUCCGUGUGAACGACUAUGAACAAAAGGGCAGACGCCUCCCUAAUCAAGCUAAUGGAGUGGGAACAAGCUGGUGGCUGAAUUCGAUGGGCAGUGACAGGUAGAAGGGCCUUUGGGGGAUUUACAGAGUCAGGAGGAGAAGAGGCAGACCGAGGUGAGGUUUUCAGCUGCUGGUUGGCAGGACGAGGGGCCGAUAUAAAGCCUCGGCUUGUACUGCCAGAUCCAUUAGCAGAUGGUUCAGGUCAAAGGAACCAUCAGUGACAAGUACUGUGGUUCAUGUUAUUCAUUCAGUCCAGCCAAAAAAUCAUUUCACAUCCGAGUAUUAAAAAGUGAGAGUAGCUGCUCAUUAAACAGCAAAAAACUAAAACAGAUGCUUCAACGUCUGCUUGAAACCAGACUGCAACUGCGAUUUACAGCUGAGAUGACCCUUCAAAGGAGACAGCCACAGUGGAAGCCUGCUGUGGUUCUGUGUUGCUUUUUGCUCGGGAUCUCUCUACAGUCCGACAACAUCAGCUGUGUGUCAACCAUCAACCUGCGGCGUUUCAUUGGCUGCGCAGUCCGGGAGUUCACCUUCCUGGCCAGGAAGCCCGGCUGUGGGAGUCUGCACAUCACCACUGAUGCCUGCUGGGGGCGCUGUGAGACCUGGGAGAAGCCAAUCCUGGAGCCUCCCUUCAUUGAGUCCUAUCAGCGGGUUUGUACUUACAAUGAGACUCGGCUGGAGACUGUGAAACUACCAAACUGUCAGCCCAAUGUAGAUCCAACAUACACCUACCCUGUGGCCUUAAGAUGUGACUGUGGAGUCUGUCUGACCAGCACUACUGAAUGCAUAACUUCUGUGUGAAGUCUGAACAGGCAGAAAUAUUUUAUGUACACUUUUGGUAAUAAUUACACGCAAUACUGCUUUAACUGGAAUGUGUCACUACACCAGGAAAUGUUGUUAGAAUGCUCUUAGUUUGGCUACUACAUAUCCAAGAAAAACCUGAGAUAUAUCACUACUGAAAUAUGUUACCAGCUUCACUUGGCAUUUUUUCUUAGGAGCAAAGCAAUCACUGUAAACCUUACAAUGUUGUAAUUGACAUAAGUAAAAAACAAUUUUUUUUAUCUGCCUUUAAUGGAUGAAUAAUGAAAUGAUCACUUAUUAGCUUUUAAUCAACCUGAGCUUUUAGCCCAAGGGUCUGCUGGAGAGGUAAGGGCUUACUAAGUGUUCUUAUUCAUUUGAUUUUCCAUGAGAACUGGGUGUAUUAAUAAUCUCUGAGUGCUCACGUGUGUUUUGGAGUGCAGGACCAUCACUCUUUCCACAAUAAAAGCAUGU